GUGUUUUAUGUCAUCUGCAGGCUUUCUCUCUCUCACGCUUGCUGUCCUCUCGUGUUAAACUCGCGGGAGAAGUGACAGCCUCCCUUUUCUGCGUCUACCUACUGGGAUGCUUUGCUUUGCUUUUUCUUUUUUUUUUAAAUUUCAUCUCACUGUUCCGUGUCCCUUUUUUGGUUUGAUUUGUCCUUAAAUACGCGACCUAGAUGAACACCGGAGGACAGAACAAGGGAGCGUGCGUUUUUUGAAACUUGUGAAAUGUGAUAGCUGAGGAAAAAGUGGCUGUAAUGAGACGCAACCUUUGGAAUUCCUCCUCGUGAAAAUUCCCUUUCUGCUGUUUUUUUCCCCUCUCCUCUUGUUUUUAGGCUUGAAGACAUGAUCACUAGCACCAGUAUUUAUGGUUUAAAGAUGCAGUGGACCCCAGAACACACACAAUGGGCAGAACAACACUUUGACAUCUCAUCCACUACCCGCUCGCCAGCACACAAAGUAGAGGCUUACCGGGGCCACCUACAACGAACAUACCAGUAUGCAUGGGCAAACGAUGAUAUCUCUGCACUGACUGCCUCCAACCUGCUUAAGAAGUAUGCAGAGAAGUACUCUGGGAUCCUAGAGGGCCCAAAUGAGAGAGCCCUGCUGUGCUCUUACUCUGAUAGCACCGUUGGACUCAUGAAUGGACGAAAGUCAGAGAAUGAGUCCUGGCAGGAGGGGAUUUAUCCAAUGAACUGUGCUCCAGAUGUUAUAUCUGUGAGCAAAGCUGGAAUGACAGCUGCCCUACCCCCUACAGAUGUGUCGGCUAGCAUAGGCAGCUCCCCGGGGGUGGCCAGCAGCUUGUCUGAGCCCAGCUAUUCCAGCAGCAACUGUGGAAGCCACACAGCCACUACUCUGCACUCCGGCCUCUCCUCUCAGGAAUAUGCUGCCAGCUACAACGGCUCCUACCUGCAUUCUAGCUACAGCGGCCAGAGCACUCCAGCCCUCCCCUCCCCACACCCUUCCCCUUUGCACAGUGCUGGGCUCUUGCAACCACCGCCUCCACCCCCUCCCCCUACCUUAGUGCCGAGCUACAACGCCGGGUCGCCAAACCUUCCCAGCUACAGUUAUCCUCCAACAGGGUAUCCUUCUCAAACUUCUGUGGGUCCUGGUUACAGCCCUGGGGGAGCACCCCCUGCUUCUGCUUAUCUACCAUCGGGUAUUGCAGCUCCUACACCAAUCCCUCCUUCCACACUGCCCGGCUACACCUACCAGUCCCAUAACCACACACCAAUUGCACCAACACCUUUGAAUGGCAGCACAUCCAACUCAUUAAAACGUAAAGCUUUUUACAUGAGCGGACAUGGAGACAUGGACUCUAGCUAUGCUAAUUUCAACUACAACCAACAGCGCUCCUCACAGAGCCCGAUGUACAGAAUAGCGGACAGUGUCUCAGACUCAAAUAGGGGCAAUGGCUUUGACAGAAAUGCCGAAGCAUCGUCUUUAGCGUUCAAGCCGACCAAACAGCCAAUGUCAUCUGAGCAACAAAGAAAAUUUAUUCUACACUCUGGCAGAGCACUAACUCCUCCAUCCUAUGGAUCAACUAAAAGCUCUGUGGGUGAUCUCAGAACUGAGCCCUACAGCAAGUUUGGGUCCCCAGUCAUGAGCGAACAAACUGAAGAGCACAGACAACACCUCUCUCACUCCCUAACAGGGCCUGACAUUGGUGCAGCUACCUCGUCCAUCCACGCUGCAGAGGAACAACUGAAGAGCAGUGAUUCCAACCUGGUGGAGAUGGUGACCACAGAAAUCCUUCAGCAGGGCCCCCCAGUGGACUGGAGCGACAUUGUGGGCCUGGAUGUGGCCAAAGCUGCCAUCAAAGAGGAGAUACUAUGGCCUAUUUUAAGGCCAGAUAUGUUCAGUGGACUUACCACAUUACCUCGCAGCCUCCUCUUAUUUGGACCUCAGGGAACUGGUAGAACCCUGCUAGCUCACUGUAUGGCCAGCCAGCUGGGGGCUGCCUUCUUGCAACUCAGCAGCUCAGCUCUGGUCACCAAGUGGCUCGGGGAGGGGGACAAGAUCAUUCAAGCUUCUUUCCUGGUUGCCCGGUGUCGCCAGCCAGCGGUAGUGUUCAUCAAAGAGGUGGACCUGCUGCUGUCAGACCAGUUGAGUGAGGAGAGCCCAGUGAAUCGCCUCAAGGCUGAGCUCCUCAUGCAGCUCGACAGUAUUCUGACCUCCGCCGAGGACCAUGUCCUCGUGGUGUGCUCCACCAAUAAGCCCGAAGAGAUCCCGGAGUCCCUACGGAGGUACUUUGCCAAGCGACUGCUCAUCCCCUUGCCUGAUGGGACAGCACGACACCAGAUAAUCACCCAACUGCUCUCACAGCACAACUACUGUCUUAGUGACAAAGAGAUGUCACUACUGGUUCAGAGGACAGAGGGCUUUUCUGGACUGGAUGUGGCUCAGCUGUGUCAACAGGCCGCGGUAGGUCCUCUCCAUGGCAUUCCUGGCACUGAUCUGUCGGCCCUCCACCCCACUCAGAUGAGACCGGUCUCCUACCAGGACUUUGACAGUGUGUUUUGCAAAUUCCAGCCCAGCAUAUCACAAAAAGAACUCGAUGUGUACACUGAGUGGAAUAAAAUGUUCGGUUGUAGUCAGUGAAGGAGACAACUCAAACGCUAUUUCUUUGAACCCAGUAGUUCAAUGCAAAAAGGUGUCUGGCAUUCAUUGAAAGAGAAAAUAAUAACAAUGGGGACAUGAAAAUAUUAUAUCCAGAGAAAGGAUUGUCCUUAGACAGAAGAUCACCAUCUGGACAUCACACACUGGUAAAAUUGAAUUAAAUGCUUUACAUGGCUGACUUCAUAUGCUCACUAAAACUCUUACGAUUUGGAAGAAGUUACCCCCCUUUUUUAUUAAAAACUAUAAUAUAUAUAUAUAUAUAUAUAUAUAUAUAUAUAUAUAUAUACACACACUAUUCCGCUGAUCUUGAGAUUUAGUUGCUAUCAAGUGCCUGAGGUGGUGCUGUUAAUUUGUUUCUUUCUUUUUGCCUCACAAUCUUCAUUAGUGACAUGUGCUAGUAUAAAAAAAAAGCUUUAAAAAACAUGAGUGUUCUCCAGCUGUGUCUGUUGUGUGCUUUCUGUGAACAGUUGUGUUAAAUUACAUUUAUUGAUACCAUUUCAGUUGGGAUUCAUUUCCUGACAGGUUUUAUCGAUGUGUAAAUCCUUUAAUUACAAUAACACUGACAUGCUUUAUGUACAAUGUGAUUGGUUUUCUAUCAAGCUUACGGUAUAUCUGGCUGCUGUCAUAGUAUCUCCACUAUAGAUGGAAUAAAAAAAAUAAUAAUUUUACAAGAUGACUUGUCCAAACGAUAUAUUACUAUGUAAUGCUGUUCAAAUAUUGUUUCAGUAGUAAUACACAGUGUUUCACCUAAAUGUAUGAUUCUAGAAUUAAUUAUUUUGAUGUUCUCUAUUUGAAAACUCAGGAAAGUGAUGAUGACAUGUACAGUACCUCAUAAACUUGUGGAGAAGCACCACUGCAAGAGCAUUUGGCUAACAUUUGAAAUUCCAACAUCAUGCAAAUGUAAUACCUCAAAAAGCUCGGAAUGAAAUGAUACGGUUCCUGAAAUGAAUGUAUGAGAGUAAAUGUGGUUUAUUUUCCAAGACAUACAAGUCAUUUGUUUGGGUUUCUUUAAGCUGGUGGUGAUGCAGAGCUGAGUGAAGUUCAAAAGUUGCAGACAACAUCUUGGGGUUUAGGAAGACCAACAGCCCUGAGCUAUUUCAUUCCAUCCUGCAGAUGUUUUAUCAUUAAUGAAACCUAAGGAUUAUGUACAGCCUAAGUUCUUUUCUACCUCAGUUUGUUAGUUAUCUCUGAAAGACAAAUACAUGAAGAAAGAAAAAUCAAGUCAUGCCCUAUUUCUCUUGUUUGGUGAGGAAACCCUUUGAGGGAGCAUCAAUCUCUUUUAGCUUUGCAUUCUGAAAACUCCCAAGGACCACGUAAUGCACUUAAAGGGGAAUACCACUGAAUUCACGCCUGGGAUACACUCCGCCUUCGCCUUAGGAAAGAAAUGAUCUGUAUUAGCUAACAUUGACCAUUGGAUGUUGUUGCCAACGCUUGUUCAACCCCUGAAUCUGGGAUGUCAAAUGAUGUUCAAUAUGGCUUUAGAAGAAGUGGAAUAGUCUGUCUCUCUCUGUUGCAAUUCAUGAAUUGAGUGGCAUUCCUUUCUAAGAGCAUCUCUUGAAGGCUAGUCGCACUGUACACAAAAACGUUAUUUUUACUCUGUGUUGUAAUUUUCACAUGUAAUUGUUUGAACAUUGUCAUGUUUAUACUGCUGAUAAUCACUACUUGCCGCCAUUAACCAGUACAUUUCCAUUUCCAACAUGUUGUUGGUAAUGACAGAGCAGGACAGACAGCUGAAUUGGCUAGUUGAAAAGGUUAUUGAAUGUAUUAUGUCCUCUGAGCAGAAAGGAAAACAAAGCACUCGCACAUUGAAAAAGGCCAUUAAAGUAGAUAGCACUGUAGGUGGAUGUGUACUGCAGAGAAACUAAAGGACCUUGUUUUUACAAGGGGGUCCCCUUAUCUUUGCUGCCUAUUGCACAUCUUGUACCUGUUCUUUUGUAUUGUAGAUCACGGAUAUUGAUUGAUUGAUACUGUACAAAAGUAGUUUUUUUUAGACUUACUGUAUACAUUCAGUACAUCCGUGGGAUCCAUAGACAAAUGAGUUCAUCAAAGUCCAUUUGGAAGUUUCAAACAUGAAAAAUGUGUAAUUACACAGACAAAUUAGGCCAAUAAUAAUGUGAAAUACGUUUUUCAAACCCAUUAAAUAUUAUGUCAUGUGCAACUGCACUUUGAGGUCUUUAUUAAAAGCAAAGAGAAACGGGUUUCUAUUGACUAUGAUGAUUAUUUUGAAGAAAUCGUGAGUUUCAGAGACGUUAUUGCCACAAUGUGAGUUGUUGAUAUUGGCAUAUCCAAUUCUAUAUCUGUAUCUAAUUCCAUUAGGCAUUAUUAAGUUAUUAUAUUGCAGUAUGUGAAAUAUAUGUUGGUUUUUUAGAAUAUUUGUAAUUUUUCACUUGAAUCCAGUCUGAGUUUAUGAGCAGUAAUUCACUCCUCAUAUAUCAUGUCAUAUAUCCCAAAUUGUUUUGUCACACUAGACUAUUGUAUUUCUGUCCAUGAUUACUAAUUUCAAGAACAAAUUAAAUCAUUGGAUGCUUUAUAAGAUGGUGAUAAGAAGCCCUAAGUGCUAUUAUCCAGCUCAGAUUUCCUGAGAAGGUGACUGAAUUUACAGAGAGAUGUACGUACGAAAGGGAAAGAUGUUCCACUAAAUUGAUGUAUUACUUGUAAUCACUCAGACAUCAACAGGUCUUGUCAUAUAUUCUAUUAUUUUACCAUUUGUCUCCCUACUGCCCUAAGUUUAACACAACGCAGGUGGAUAAGAAGUUACCCUGGGAGGUUUUUAGUUGUAUCACAACUAGAGAAUAAAUAGCCUUAAAAUAAGAUCUGAUUUGAGAAAAACAAUAGCAGUUAGUUAGAUUGGGUGUUUAUUUAACAUGCUAUAUAUUUAAAUAGUUAUUUGGUAUCAGGGUUAUGGGAUGUCUCAACCAACACAUGAGCAGAACCUUCGAUAAGCACAUUCAGUCUGUACAUUGACGCCAACUCAGCCACUUGAAUCGCUUUUUCUUUUUCUCUGUCAGUAUUUCUAUUAUUUCGUUGUUGAGAUCUGCUUAAGAUUUUUAUUCCAUCUUGAUGUAGUUUCAUCAUCUAGUAUUGGUUAUAACCAUUUCUACCUCAUUGCUACAUAUUGUACAUGUAGUACUUAUGUCCUGUCUUUUUGAAUGUUAUGCAUUUGUGGAUUAAAAAAAAUGUUUUAAAAAGUGAAAAAGAAGAAAUAAACAAAAAAAAAUGCUUGCCCUUGAUUCUGAGCAGUCUACCUCACAAAGACUGUCUUUACACUGUCAAGUACACAAGUCACAGAAAAAAUAAGGCACCUUGAAAGCAACCACUAUUCAUACUGGCACACAGUUUAUUUACAAUAACAGCUUUCCAUUGAAUUACUGUGGGCUGGAAGGUCUUCACCAAAGGCGCCAAAGCAAUUCCCAUUCAUUUCCUGAAAAGUAACAAAUUGCUUUAAUCCUCUGUGAAAUCUUGUAGUGCGCAUGUUAACGUGUAUGUAUGUGCGCUCGCAAUCCACAUCCAAGAACGAGGGGACAGCAUUGAGAUAUGAAAAAGUUUUUACUUUUCAUAUUUAUGUACAGAGAAUAAACUUGCACAUACCUGUAUGUAUUGUACAUUUGCUAAUGGUAUACAGCAUACAUACAAAAAAUGCACCACAUACAUGUUUAUAUGUGUGUAUGUAUCGCCAUACUUACAGUACAGUCGAUUUAAAUGUAUUUUAAUUUCAAGAUACAUAAAGGUUAUUGAAAUACUGAAUAAAAAUGUUGUUUUUUUUCCUGAAAACUGGAUGCAUUUUGUAACUGUACUUGAUUAAAUUUGCAAUGGUGUGAUUGAUUUAAGGCUCUGCGAUUUCGGUGUACAGCUACUUCUUGUGGUAGUUAGUUUGUAAUCAGAAAUAACAUGUACUAUUCCACGACAUGAAAACACUACAUGGAAAACCCUGGUUUUACAGAAAGAAAUCAAGCACAUCAUGCAUUAUGUUGUGAGUGCUAAUCACUUGGGGAAAGAUCCAUUCUUUACACUUAAGAUUGUAAAUAAAAUAUGUUUUCAUUUACAUAGAGCCUUCCUAAAUAAAGAGUCUUAGAUAAUA